AUGGCUAUUCACCUGAACCAGCGCGGUGACAUCGCCGUUGCUGAGAUUAUUCUUUACAUACCAAUCCUCGUCACGGCAGGUUUUCUUGUUGCCAAGCAUGGCGCUUCGAGGAAGGCAGGAUGGGUCCUCCUGCUCACCCUUUCGCUCACUCGUAUCGUGGGGGGUGGUUUACAAAUUGCCUCGCAGCAGAACCCAUCGGAUGUUCAAUUGGACACCAUCGCCGCCGCAUUGGUAUCGGCUGGAUUGUCGCCUCUCUUGAUGGCUACCCUCGGUUUCCUUGGGACAGUGUGUGAAAAUACACUCGGCGAGGACCCACCCUUCGCGAUGGGCCUCAAGGUCCUACAACUUCUCGCUACCGCCGCGCUUGUGCUCGGUAUCAUCGGCGGCGUCCACUUGGGCAGUGCGAAGACGGCAUCCGACCUGAACAACGCCCUUACUCUCAGACACAUCGGAGGCGCCCUCCUCGCAGUGCUCUUCGUACUGAUCUUCCUGGUGCACUUGUUCUGCUGGUCCAACAUGAGACGGAUCCUGAGAAGCCGACGGACACUGCUCAAGGGGAUCAGCGCGGCUCUCCCCUUCCUUGGCGUCCGAGUGGCCUACUCGGUCCUCUCCGCAUUUGCGCCCUCCACGCUCUCCAUCUCUGAUGCUGGCGUGGUCACGACCGUGACGCCAAACUCACCAUUGAUGAAGUUCAGCCCGUCCACCGGUAGCUGGCUCGUCUACCUGCUCAUGGGCGUCCUUCCGGAGUACUGCGCAGUGUUGAUCUAUGUAGUCGCGGGAACGCGAACACCGCUGAAGGACAACGAGACGGACUACGCACGCAGCGCAGCAGCUGAUUAUGAGGACGAGCGGUACAAGUGGUCAGUGGAACAGCCUCUCCCUGCCGCUCAGCCCGUUGGUUGGCCCGGGAGACGCUAG